GGCAACACUGUAGAAACCACCAUGCAAUAAUCUCUUGGCAAUACCAUAGCAACAACCUUGGAUACCAUGAAAACCACCUGUACCUAGCAUUUGUAAUUUUAAGCUAAUUCAGGGUCCUGAAUAAAAUGACUAAAAAAAAAUUAAAAAGACUUUCCUUAAUGAUAGUUUAUUAAUAUUUAAUGUUAUUGGUUUUAGUCUGUUAAAGUCAGUAAAAUAAUGAAGAAUCAGUUUAUUAAUCUGUAUGUUGGGCUUAUAGAACAUCAGGACUCUCACCUGUAGAUCAAAGCGCACCGUUCUUCUGAUUGGCCUGUUUAUUUACACACUUAUCUCGUUUCCUAGCAACCGAGACAAACCCAGCCCCGCCCACAGCCGCAGCGCUCACCUGAAACAUGGAGUACAGGCUGGAUGUUGCACGACGUGAGGAAUCGGCGAGGAGGAUUCAGACCUGUUGGAGAUCCCACCACAACCGCAAACUGAUCCAGUACCUGAUCACCAUCAUCAGAUCCGCCGAGCAGUAUUUAACUCCUGCAGUUCUGCAGCAGGUCAGUCCUGUAGAGGCGAAGCUGCUGAGAGACCCGAGUGUCCCGUCUACCGUCCGGUUCAGGUUCUCAGGUGAACAGUUCCCUCCUGUUAUCGUGUUUAAGAUCUUCCACACGGGCAGAACCGGACAGUACCUGAGCGGCAAAAAACUUUUCCGGUCUUCCAACCAGGCUACUGUGGAAACCUGCAGGCUGAUGGGAAACAGGAAGUUUAUGGAUCUGAUGGUGGAGGAUGAGGUUUGGUGGCGAGGCCGAAACAUCGCCGACCCAUUAGACAUCACCUGCAUGAGAGACUACAUACAGUGUUUCCUCCUUCAGUACUCGGCUCACCUGGACGAGUUACCUGCAGGUGUGGGCGGGAGGGAGAACAGGUGGAGGCGUCUGGAUCUGCAGGUUCUGUCUCGAGAUCAGCGCUGGAAACAAGAACCUUCAGAACCUGCAGGACGACCCUCAAGACCCGCGAGGUCUCCCACUGCGCCCCCCUCCACUGCGGUGACCAGCCGGCGGUCAGCCCGGGCUCAGAGCGCCGCCGCCCGCAGGAAACACCUGUAUACCCUGCAGGUCAGGGGGGUGGAGCCGGGGGAGGAGCAGACAGGUGAGGGACUCGGAGCAGGUGAGUGUCCGGGACGGUCCCUGUCGAAGGUGCUGGAUGAGGAGGAGGCGUGGGAGGAGGAGGCGGAGCAACUGUGCAGCUGGACCAAUCAGAUCACACUGGACACCAUCCAGCAGCUGGAGGACCUGUGAUCAAUUCAGAUAUUUAAAUAAAGGCUGCGUCUGUUAUUCUUAUAUUUAGUAUAUUUGUAGAAAUGACUUUUGAUACUGUGGAUGUUCCCACGUUGUGUGUUUUUACAGCUGUAAAACAGAAGAGAACAAAUAAAAACUAAAAAAAAAAAUCACUUCACCCCUGUGGGUCUGUUUUAGGUUUAAGUUUUAUUUUAUAGUUUUUGUCUAGUUUUUAAUUUCAACACACUGCUUUUCAUGCCUUUACUUUAAAAGAAUGCAAAACUUGUGCAAGGAAACACAAAGCAAUUUCCAUAUAUUUUUCUAACCACAGCCAUUUUAGGGAUCUCUCCUGUUUUUUUUUAUUUUUUUUUUAUUAUAAUUAUUUAAUAACCUGCUGAUUUUGUAAGUAUAUUCCGUUCCAAAGACAUGAACAGUCUGUAACUUUUAUAGUAGGUUUAAUUUAACAGGAAGAAACAUGUCAACAAAAAAUCAAGACCAAAAACAUCAAAUCAAGGUUAAAACUUAAUAUGUAUUUUAUCUGUAUACCACCCACACAUUUC